AUGACUAAUGCACGAGAAUAUCACACAGCAUCUGUGUUAUCAAAUGGAAAAGUAUUAGUUACUGGUGGAGCCAAUAGUAGUAGUUCUUUAAAUAGUGCUGAAUUGUAUGAUCCAUUAACAGGUACCUGGACAACUACUGGCAACAUGAUUAAUGCACGAGGUGGUUCCACAACAUGUGUAUUAUCAAAUGGAAAAGUAUUAGUUACUGGUGGAGCUGAUAACAACGGCGUUUUAAAAAGUACUGAACUGUAUGAUCCAUUAACAGGUAUUUGGACAACUACUGGUAACAUGACUAAUACUCGACAGUAUCACACAGCAUCUUUAUUAUCAAAUGGGAAAAUAUUAGUUACUGGUGGAUUAGACAACGGUUAUACAGUUAUAAAUAGCUCUGAAUUGUAUGAUCCAUUAGCAGGUAUUUGGACAACUACCAGUAACAUGAAUAAUACACGAUGUUCCCACACAGCAUCUGUAUUAUCAAAUGGAAAAGUACUAGUCACUGGCGGGGCUGCUGAUACCGGUGGUAAUUAUUUAAAUAGUGCUGAGCUGUAUGAUCCAUUAACAAGUACUUGGACAGCUACUAGUAACAUGAAUAAUGCACGACGAGAUCACACAGCAUCUAUAUUACCAAAUGGACUAGUAUUAGUUACCGGUGGAGAUAAUAAUAAUGCUGGUAUUUUAAAUAGUGCAGAAUUAUAUUAA